AUGAAUUCAUCAAAUUUAGAUGAAGAUGAUGUAAAUUUAAAUGAUGAAGAUAUUGUAUCAGAAUUAGUAGAAAAAAAAGAUAUAAUAUGUUCAUGGUGUUUUGAUAUUUUAAAACAUGAAUUAAAAAAUGAAAAGUUUGAUUAUGUUCCACCUAUAUUAAAAAAAUUACAUAAAAAAGGAGUCAAAAUUCCUUUUUUUGUAAAAUGGAUGAAAUUAAUUGAUAUAAAAGAUUUAGGGUCGUAUAAUUGUGAUUUAUAUGAUUUGAAAGGAUGUAUUGGAUGUUUAAAUGAUAUUGAUAUAUUACAAUUAUAUUAUUACACUUUGCAAAGUGCUCUUAAUGAUACAAGAUUUUAUCCUAUAACAUUAAAGGAUUUGCCUUAUUUAAAAGUAACUAUAACUUACUUGUUUAAUUUUGAAAAAUGUAAUCAUAUUUAUGAUUGGAUUAUCGGAAAACAUGGUAUAAAAAUUAAUUUUACCAUAAAUAGGAAAAAAUAUUCUUCUACUUUUCUUCCAGAUGUAGCACUUCAACAUAACUUUGACCACAAAAUGACUAUCAGAAAAUUAAUAAGAAAAGCAAACUAUAAAGGAGAGAUAAACGAUGAACUUUUAGAGAAAAUUCAGGUGGAAAGAUAUGAAGGAAUAAGUUGUAGUCUAACUUAUCAGGAUUAUGAAAAACUUAAGUUUUCAUACAGUUAA